UGGAGGUCCGCAGCCCCCCGGCCCCUCCGGACCCCCCGAUGGCCUCCUCCCCGCAGAAGUCUCCUUCGGCCCCCAAGUCCCCCACCCCCAAAUCUCCGCCCUCCCGGAAAAAGGAUGACUCGUUCCUGGGCAAACUCGGGGGGACCCUGGCCCGCAGGAAGAAAGCCAAGGAAGUGUCUGAGCUGCAGGAGGAAGGGAUGAAUGCCAUCAACUUACCACUCAAUCCCAUUCCCUUUGAGGUGGAUCCUGAGGACACCAUGCUAGAGGAAAACGAGGUGCGGACCAUGGUGGACCCCAAUUCCCGGAAUGACCCCAAGCUGCAGGAGCUGAUGAAGGUUCUGAUCGACUGGAUUAAUGAUGUGCUGGUUGGAGAGAGGAUCAUCGUGAAAGACCUGGCUGAGGACAUGUAUGAUGGCCAAGUCCUGCAGAAACUCUUUGAGAAGCUGGAGAGCGAGAAGCUGAACGUCGCAGAAGUCACCCAGUCGGAAAUUGCCCAGAAGCAGAAACUGCAGACGGUGCUUGAAAAGAUCAACGACACGCUCAAACUCCCUCCUCGGAGCAUCAAGUGGAAUGUGGAUUCCGUCCACGCCAAGAGCCUCGUCGCUAUCCUGCACCUCCUGGUGGCUCUGUCCCAAUAUUUCCGGGCCCCCAUCCGACUCCCGGACCACGUGUCCAUCCAGGUGGUUGUGGUCCAGAAACGGGAAGGGAUCCUCCAGUCUCGUCAGAUCCAAGAGGAAAUAACCGGGAACACAGAAGCAUUAUCAGGAAGGCAUGAACGGGAUGCUUUUGACACCCUAUUUGACCACGCUCCGGAUAAGCUUAACGUGGUGAAGAAGACACUCAUCACUUUCGUGAACAAGCACCUGAACAAACUGAAUCUGGAAGUUACCGAGCUAGAGACUCAGUUUGCCGACGGCGUGUACCUGGUGCUGAUCAUGGGGCUGCUGGAGGGAUACUUCGUGCCCCUGCACAGCUUCUUCUUGACCCCGGACAGUUUUGAACAAAAGGUCCUCAACGUGUCAUUUUCAUUUGAGCUGAUGCAGGAUGGAGGGCUGGAAAAGCCGAAGCCGCGGCCCGAAGAUAUUGUCAACUGUGACUUGAAAUCCACCCUGCGCGUACUGUACAACCUCUUCACCAAAUACCGAAACGUGGACUGAGUCCCAGGCCGGGUCUCAUGGCCGUGCCAGCUCACCUUCAAAAAUAAACUAAACCCUGGGGGUCUGGGGCCUCAGAGUCCGAGACAGACCCCCCCAUUACUCCUUCCUGCCCAGCAGCUUAAUUCCCGAUUCAUUAACCGAUCAACUCCUCUUGCCAAACUGCCUGUAACUUUAUUCUGAGGCCGCCUGAUACCCAGCAUAGGAAAGCCAAGUUAGUUCUAGUUUUGGCUUGGCCACGUUUUAACUCCUACCUCUCUCCCGGGGGGAUCCAAGCAGGCCCUUCUGGAGGGAAUCCAUCCCUAGCCCUCUUUCCCGAGAGAUCGGGGUCCCGGCAUCCUGAGUCCUUCGGACGAGGUGGGCGGCCUGUGUGAGAUGGGAGGCCAGGAGAACUCAGGGUGCGAGCAGUCUGUGGCUUGAUCGCAUCAAUGGGCAUGCCCUCCAUCUUUCCGCAGAGUACCCAAUUCAUUAUCAUUAAGAAAACAGAUCGUAUCUGCUCUGCUGCCAAGCCCGCGUGUGGAGACCCUAGGAGAACUUUGAGGAUUUCAGAUCCUAUGAAUGAGAUUCCUUGAACCUUAAACAAAGGGGAACCUAAAAAACCCUUCCCUUCUCCCCAGUUCUCUCCCCCCGCUCACCUUCCCGCCCCCGAGAAUUACGCCUUCCACAUGGAGGGGGUCACCACCGCUCUGGCCCAAAUAGAGGCAUUUAUCGGGAUAAUUCAGUAGAGAAAAAAUGGGUGAUUUAGGCCAAAGUAAGCUGUCGGUGAUGUGGAAGGGCCCGAGAUUUUAAACCGGGCUUUGAAACAUCCCUCGGGGUCAUGAGGGAGGAAAGAGAACCAAGCAGAGAGGUUAAACUUCAUCUUGCUUUCACGCUGGGGCAAACACAAGAGGAGUGUUCACAGGGCUCGUCAUCAUCAGUGGGAUUUAUUGAGUGCUUACUGUGUGCAGAGCAGUGCACUAAGCACUUGGGAGAGUCGGUAGGCAUGUUUCCCGCCCAAGAUGAGGAUAUCGUCGCAUUGUGUUUCUUAGAAAGCUUUUGUAGGUGAUGUAGUGCUUAAAAUGAACUAAGGCGAUGGAUUAAAUAGCCUGUUGUUUGUACUGGCCUUUAGCCUUUACCUUAGAAAUAUUAUAAAUGUCAUAAAGUCAGAUAAUGGUUUAUCGCUC